GAACAAAUACGCGAAGGGGGAUGAAUCUAUUUGCGGUCAGUUUCUGACAUACUUUGUCGCCUAUUUUACAGAGAUGCUCUGCUUUUGUCAGCAAGGCAUCUCGCACUUCAGUUUCUCCCAGAUUAGUCUCGGCAUCUUCAAUAGCCUUCUCAAGCUUCUUCAGUUCAGUCUUAUUGGAUACUUUCAUGUUCUCUAGCAAAGUUUGGUCAAUAAUCCAACCAAGAUCAGGACAGAUUUCUUCAUAAAAUGGCGCCAUGUCUAAUAAAGUUAGGAGAAUACCAGGGCAAGUUAGCAAUCCUCUGUCAACUCACUGUUAAUAGACAGAAAACAACAAUAAGUUAUAAACUUCACAACUUACUAUUUUCUUUGAUAGCAUUCAACAGUUUAGUGGCAGUUUCAUCUUUGUUAACUCCAUGUGGUGCGGUCAGAGUAUACCGCCAUUGCGCUAUUUCAAGAUUAGGAUUCUUAGGCAGUCCUUCUUCUUCUAAAUUUUCAACAGGCAUUGUCAAAUGGAUGAUUUUUUCAAAUAAAACAGCUAUAAAUCCUUGAAGUUUAGUCAGUGAAAUUCAAUAUGGCGGAAAAUACUGAGUGCAAAUACCCGUACGGAAUUAUUACCCUGCAUUGAACGAUCCAGACCAGAGGAUCCAGACAUUGAGAUCAGUUGCGGACGUGUUGUUACGUCAUUGGAUGGGAAGUAAACAAAUUUAAAUCACGUUCGUAAAAAUAUUUAGAAAUGUCCUUUAUUUUCAUUACUAAAUGACAAAUAUUUUUACAUGGAAAUUCAAUAUUUUAUAGUCUUAGUAGUCCUAGUUAAUUUUGUGCAAAAUUUCGAUAUUUUUAAACUAUUUUCACGUCAAAAUGGGUCACAAUGGCGAAACUACACAACGGUGUACAGCUAUUUUGGCGAAAGUGAUCGACUGAGAUUGCGAGAUGAAGCGAAACAGAUGUUUUAUUUUGGAUAUGAUAACUAUAUCAAGUAUGCUUAUCCAAUGGACGAGUUAGAUCCAAUACAUUGUACAGGACGAGGCCCAGAUUACGCUAACCCGUACGUAUAUUAUUGUGUAUACUGUAUUUUUAAUACUUAACUUUAAUAGGGUCCUAGCCUGUCCUAGCCCCUAGGCAGCGGCAGUAAAAUUAAUUGGAUCAUUUUAUUUAAUAUUUCUAGGUCAAAUAUAAAUAUCAAUGAUGUUCUGGGCGAUUAUUCCUUGUCUCUGGUCGAAUCUUUAGGCACAUUAGCUGUAAGAUGAUUUAUAUAUCAUUUAAUAAUUAACUAUAAUAAUUUAUUAACUUCAUUUAAUUGAUGGUUAAUUGUGUAUUUUAGGUUAUGGGAAAUAGUAGCGAGUUUAAACGAGCUGUAGGGUUAAUAAUAGACAAUGUUUCAUUUGAGAAAGAUAAUACAGUUCAAGUUUUUGAAGUUACGAUAAGGUAAGGUUGAUGGCAGGCCAUGCAAUAGAUGGUGAUCAGAGAUGUUGAUACUUUAACCCAUUAAGUUGCAUUGCACCCUACCUUACUAGUUCACUCUAACACCAGACAAUUUUACUCAUCAAGGAGAGACCACUCGCAAUCUAUGGGUUUACCAGCCUAUCUGCCCAUGUGUCUAGUUAAUCCAUUAAGUUGCAUUGUACCCUUAAAAUGUGCCCUACUUUAUUAUUUUACUCUUGUCUAAUGCCAGAUGAUUUUACUCAUCAAGGGGAGAGCACUGGUACUUAAUGUAUUAAUAUAGGAGCACACAAAUUAAACUGCAUCUCUCAAUUCUAUUAAUUUGCCUCUAAAUACAAAACUACUCCAUAUAAUGGAACACUUAAACAUUUUCCCACUCUGAUAAGUGCCAGCUGGCCAGCAUCUGCUGCACAAUAGUGCUUGAAAUGAAACCCACUAUUUAACUAUGAACAAACUACUUGAAUAAUUUCCCUACUUAGUCUAUUUAAUAUGCUACUAUCAACAUAAAAAUGCUUAAUUGAGAAAUACUAUAAUUGGUAUACAGCUAUGUAUAUAGAUUUUGUAUUUUAGAGUCCUAGGUGGACUGCUGGCAGCUCACUUAAUAAUCCGGGACACUCAUCAACCAUUUGGAGAUAUGAUUCCAAGAGAUUAUAAUGAUGAACUAUUAUUACUGGCUCAUGAUUUAGCCAAUAGAUUACUUAAUGCUUUUGAAAACACAUCUUUAGGAAUUCCUUAUCCAAGGGUAAGUUAAAGCUGAAGGGCCUGCCCCCCCCCCCUCCCCCCCAAAUUCAUAACUUUACUGAGUGCCUUACCAUUAUUAUCGUCCAUAAGUUGACCUUGCCCCUCAAAUAAACACACCCUCUGAUAUCACCCCCCUCUAACCAGCCCCUCCUGAAAUAUAGUGUCCAGUUAUUUUCUGAGAUCAGUGUAUUUUUCCAUAGUCAACCAAAAAAAUAACAUUCAGUUAUUUAUUAAGAUCAGUAUUUUCUAUAGGUCAACCUGAAAUAUGGUGUCCCGGCGUUAUCCUCCCAGACAACCUGCACUGCGGGUGUGGGGACUCUUCUCUUAGAAUUUGGCACCUUGAGUCGACUCCUGGGUGAUCCAACCUAUGAGAUUACCGCAAAGAAUGCUCUGGAAGCAAUAUGGAAAUUUAGGUCCAAAAAGACUGGUUUAUUAGGCAAGAACAUUUGAAAAUCAUUAUAGUGCGUGAUAUAAGCUUCGUUGACUCUGUACCAGAUAGCUUCCCGUAGCGACGUGAAAAAUCACCAAAUCCUACCUUUUUGGAACGCUAUUUUCAGAGGAAUUAUUCCAACAGAGAGAUGUUGUUUCGCUCAGCGUCUGAAAGUUGUACAUUCCGUAUCUGAUAGGUGCUUUUUCGCGCCGCUACGGAAAACUAUCCGGUAUAGUGGAAACGUAGCCAUAAUUUAUCAGUUCAAACUUCAAACGAACCAAUGAGAAAUUAAAAGUGAAUUGUGAUAUUAUCCUAGUACCAAGGUAUCAACGACAUUGAAGAUUUUCUUUGUGUUUUACUCAUGAAUAAUUAGUUUAGACAACCAACCAAGACCACCAUUACCAACGAACCUGACCAGUACCACUGACCAACGAGGAAUGUUAACCAGGAAAAAAUUAUUCUGCACUCAGCUGAUGUAGUGACGUCAUACCAAAGAUACGUUGGAAAAGUUCGAGUCAGGGUUGGGAUCAGGUUCAGAGGCUUGGUGUCUCUACAUCAACUUAGUACAGAAUAAGUUCUCCAAUGCUAACUUAUCAACGAACAUUUUAUUACUGGAUCCUGCAGUUCACCAGGAAAUUGGUUACCAGGAAACUGGUAAACUGUUUCUGCGUGAAAAGCUGCAGGCGAGGGGUUUCUGCAUGCGUGUAUUUCUAGGAAACGAACAUUGGUCAAAGAGUCAACAUUGUAAUCGUGUCAAAACAAUAAGAGACUAUUUGGCAUGGAGAACAGUGGAGUUUCAAAAGCAAUGCAAAAUUCCGAUCAUUGGAUCGUGACUGUAUGACGUUGUUAAGCAAAAAGGCGCACUUAUAAUAUUUUACGAACAUUUACAUGUACCAAACGCCAAGCGAGCUUCGCAGUUUUCACAAUGUUUUGUUCGUACAAUUUCAGGUAAUAUUAUAGAUGUUGAUUCUGGUGAAUGGGUGUCGGGAAUGAGCGGGAUUGGGGCAGGAAUGGACUCACUUUAUGAAUAUUUACUCAAGGUAUGAAACAAAGCUCAUUUCUUGCUUCAGGGCAGAUGGUCGUCACUGUUGACACUUAGGAGAAACUACAUCGCUUUCUUUUAUAUAUCGUUCUCCUGAGUACAAGACUAUCAGACAUAAUGAAAAUAUUUCCACUAUUUUCUCACUCUGACAACUGCAGGUUGACCAUCAGGAGCUGUACAAUAUUUCUUGUUGAAACCUCGCUAUCAAUUCUGCUGUUUUUUAGGGUUACAUCGUUUUUGGCGACCCAAACGAUUUACAAAAAUUCAAUGAGAUGUAUAAAAGUGUCCAGACGUACAUGAGGAAAGGGUGAGAGGACAAUUUGUUUGACAAAAUUCGCGCACAUAAAAAUGAGAAAGUCAUCGCGUCUGUGUUUUAUAAGAUAUACAACCAUUUGGCUACACCUCGUGUUUGUAUAUCGUGGACGGCCGCUCAUUCUGUAUGUAUUGGCUUACGUGUGAUUUCGUGAAUGUUUCAGACGCAAAUUAUGCAAUUCUGGGAGUGGGGAUGUUCCUAUGUAUGUCAAUGUGAAUAUGGAGAAUGGCAAGAUACUAAAUACUUGGGUUGACUCGCUCUCCGCUUCAUUUGCGGCUGUUCAGGUAUGAUGGCACUUUCAACAUCGGAAUUUUCUUGGUAAAUCUGGAUAGCUCUAUCAGUCCUAAACUAUUAUCAUCCCUAGAUGUCCAGUAAGAGCUAUCCCUAGGUUACCAGUGUUACUACAAGAGGAAACCAGAGAACACGGAGAAAGCCUGCGGUGUUUGUCAAGCUUGAAGUAUUCUUCUCACAUGAGACUGAGGUGAAAUUAUAAUGAGACAACUGCAUAUUGCAGGAAACAACCCCCCCCCCCGUCACAGAGAUGGCAACAUCAACACCACAUUUAGGCCGGGCAAAAGAUUGCCCAAACGGAUUUGUGUCUGAAGAGCGCAGUCAAUCUGGAAAAGCUUGGAUUCUAUAUUAACUCGUCUUUGACUGAUUGCAGGUUUUGAAUGGUGACAUUGAUGAUGCCAUUUGUACGCAUGCGCUGUAUUACGCUAUAUGGAAACGUUACGAUGCAUUACCGGAGAGAUUUGAUUGGAACUCACGUGUCUCUCACGUGCACUUCUAUCCCUUACGCCCUGAGUUGGUAGAGUCAACAUAUCUCCUUUAUCAGGCGACGCAACACCCGUUCUACCUGCAUGUAGGCAAAGAUAUUAUGCACGGCUUGCAGACACAUGCUAAGGCAAGGUGAGGUUCAUUGAAAUAACGGCCACUCGGAACAAUAAGGAACAGCUUUAUUUUUUCUGGACCUCUAGGGAGAACAGUUUAGAACUGAUAGAACUAUCCAGUAUAAAUAAAGUUAGUUUAGUUUAGGUUUCCUCCUGUAGUAACACUGGAUCAAUAAGAGAUUACCCUUAAUGGAUCUCUAGGGUGAACAGUUUAGAACUGAUAGAACUAUCCAGUAUAAAUAAAGUUAGUUUAGUUUAGGUUUCCUCCUGUAGUAACACUGGGUAAAUAAGAGAUUACCCUUAAUGGACCUCUAGGGUGAACAGUUUAGAACUGAUGGAGCUAUCCAGUAUAAAUAAAGGUCCCUCCUUAGGUAACAUAGGACGAAUUGGCAGACAUUUAAUUUCGCUGUAUUAGGUGCGGCUAUGCGACUCUGCAUAAUGUUAUGGAUAAAUCACAAGAAGAUAGAAUGGAAAGUUUUUUCUUGUCAGAAACAUCGAAAUAUUUAUAUCUUGUAAGUAUGUGGUGACUAUAGAAAGCCCCGGACGAGAAUAAGAGUUGAUGAGAUGGGACAUUUCAAACUUUAGAUUAACAAAUUAAGAAGAGCUCAGCAAGGUCGUGUUCCUGCCAACUCUCAUGUACUCUCAUAAUUGUUUGAUCGGGAUAUCAAUGCAGUUGAAGUUGACCUCAUUUUCUUUCAUUAGUUAUUUGAUCAAGAGAAUCCAGUAAACAAGCAAGCAUCAAAAUAUAUAUUUACAACAGAGGGGCAUUUUCUUAAGUUGGACAAAUCCAUGUGGAAUGUCGACACAGAUUUUUACGACAUGACCCGAGGAUAUCAAUAUGACGUCACUGCGGUGCCGAGAUCCAAUGUCAGUGAUUGUGGGGUAAGUGUGGUUAUUGUGGGGUAAAUGUGGUUGUUGGUUUUACCAAUUGGCACGUGGCAGUUUCGAUUAGUUUUGCGUGCAGCUAAGAACAGCCUUAUUUUUUCUGGACUUCUAGGGAGAACAGUUUCUAGGGAGAACUGAUAGAGCUAUCCAGUAUAAAUAAAGUUAGUUUAGUUUAGGUUUCCUCCUGUAGUAACACUGGAUCAAUAAGAGAUGGCAAUUACUGGACCUCUGAGGAGAACAGCGGAACUGACAGAGCUAUCCAGUAUAAAUAUAGAUAUAGGAAUUCACUUUAUCUUCUAGCUAAUGCUCUGUUUUUUAUUUAGUGUGAGGUUGUGUCUGAUCACAGAAAACGUCCUCUACCUUUGGAGCUACGCUAUCUUCAACAAGUAGAGAGUUUGGUUGGAGUGAGAGACUGAAUAUACUGCGCGGCAUAUUGCGUGGUAUACUAUGUACAUUUAUAGUGAAUAUUCAAAUAAAUAAACAAUAAAAUACCGAAAAUCUUGUGCUAUCAUGACUUGCGAUGGACGCAUGCAGCUCAACCUGAUCAAGUUCAAGGUUUUCUAAGGGCGUCUCUGGCAGCCACCUUAUGACUCAUGUCUGAUCAUGGAGUACAGCUACGGUGGAAGGGUCAGUUAGGGGAUAAUCUCAACCCACCCUGUCAACCUCCCCGGAGAAAACCUACGAUUUUCGGUAGAGCAUUGACAGACUCUUUUCCACAUA